AUGGCAGAAUCGCAAGAAGAACAUGUUUCAAGCAAGGGUCCUCCUCUAUGCACAUCACCUUGCCAAAAUUCAUUAAUGGUGGUCGAUAUAGUUGAACCGUUAGUUUGUGUAGCCUCUAACGUUUCAGAAAAUUUACCAGACGAACCAGAAAAUUUAGCCGGUGAUGUCGCAGGCCACGAUCACAAGUCGAACAAGGCCACACAGUUGUCGGAUGUUACAGAUGUUGAAAGUGAAGAGAAUGAGCUUGGUGAUGAGUUACCAGAUCAUGGUAAUCUACAAGAAGACGAGAUACCAAGAGUUGGAAUGCGGUUUGCUCAGUUACAGAUGGCGCAUGACUUUUAUGUGACCUAUGCAAAGAAAGCUGGAUUUGCAACUAAGAUAAGGACGACAACAUUUGACAAGAUCACAAAGGCUCCCAUUAAUCAAGCUAUACACUGUAAUCGCGACGGGAUCCGUGAGUCUCGUGUUAAAGCACCAACGCGAAAGAAUACGAUUUCAGCUGCUGGGUGCAAGGCAAGGAUAUAUGUAAAGUUUGAUAAAGCCGUGCAAGACUGGGUUUUGUACAAGGUUGACUUGACGCACUCACACCCCUGUUCACCGAGAAAGGCAGUGCACUACCAUGAGUAUAGGCAGCUGACCAUGCAUGCGAAGUGCGUGAUCGAGGAUAAUGAUGAGGCUGGGAUUCGUCCAAAUAAGACAUUCCUUGCUUUGUCAAAUGAGGCUGGUGGCCCCUCUAACUUGGGAUUCUCAGAGAAGGAUGUAAGAAACUAUAUAACAGCAAGGCUCCGCAAUAGCAACGUGAAUGUCGAUGUCAGGGAGAUGAUGAGCUACUUCAUGAGAAUGAAGGACAUCAAUCCGAACUUCUUUUACGCGGUGAAGUUGGAUGAGGAGUGUAAAUUUAAGAGUGCAGUAUGGGUUGAUGCAAGGUGUAGGGCGUCGUAUGAGUACUAUGGAGACGUCGUGUCAAUUGAUAGCACGUACAGAACAAAUAGGUACGUAGUAGUUAACAUAAUCGGCCUUCAUAUCAAGUUCAUUUGUGGUCCAUUCAACAAUCCAAGGCUCGGGUACUCUACAUGCAUGCAAUGGACCAUGCUUUAA